AUGGACACAUGGCUCAAAACGGGGCGAUUAUUAUCAGUAGAGAAGGCCGGUUUAACAUCUACAUGUAAAAAUCACACUUCAUCUGUUCCAUUGGAAAACUCGACUUCUCACUGUGAAGCUACUCCUCUCCAAAAAGCUACUAUCGAAAAUGGAACAUCUCUAACUAAGGAAUACACUCAAAUCAAUUGUUCAAAAGUUAAAAAAAGACGAUAUGAUGAAGAAUAUUUAUCUUUUGGAUUUAUUCCCAUUAGAAUUGACACGUUUCCUGAUGUGAGAUGCGUAGUUUGUGAGUAAGUUCUCAGUAACAGUUCUUUGGCUCCUGCGAAAUGAUAUAGAUUCUAUAUCAUUUCGCCGCCAACGUCUCGCCGCUAUCGAUUCGCUACCAUCAUCUCGCCGUCGUCCAUUUCGCCGAAGUUCUUUUCACCUCUGUUCAUUUCGCCGACAACGUUUCAUCGUCAUUGUUUCGCUGCGAGAAUUUUUUUUUCGUUUGA